CAAUUGACAGUUGGUUAACAGUAGCUCAAAAAAAAUCAACAAAAGCAAACAGAUCAGUUCGGGUUGUUACAAAAAAUUUGAUUUACCCUUUGAAUUAUGGAUUUUGCCCGUCGUGUUCGAACGAAACCACAAACAAAUCAGAAAUUGGUGUCAUUGGAAAACACUUAUCCGCAAAAUAUUCAAUUCUACUAUGCACCACCAACAAGAGACAUUAACCUGCAGGAAUUCGAAGACAUUGCCAUUGAACGAAUAAAAGUGUUUAGGAUAUUGGAACAGGCGGCGGCGAAAAAUCUUCGCUACUGGUCCAAUGAGUACAAGGACAGUAUUUUGGAAGAGUUGAAUUCUCAAAAGCUGAAAAAUUACGUCCGAUUGAUUCAGGUGGGAACGCUGGAUGAGAGAAAGAAAGAGGCAGAAUUAUUGGCCCGGGAACGUGAUUACAUUUCACAUUUUGUAUUGAGAUUUGCUUAUUGCCGAACAGAUGAACUUCGGAGAUGGUUCAUUACACGCGAAAUGGAACUGUUUCGACUAAAGUACGGUGUUUUGUCUGCUGUGGAAGUCAAGAAAUUUUUGGAUCAAAACGACCUAAACUACAUACCAUUGACUGAGGAUCAAAAAAAUGAAAUUCGAAAUGGACUGCUGGACAGCACACAAGGAGGAUCCGAUAAAUCCGAAUUUUACAAAGUAAAAUUCACCGAAGUACUCGACCUGGUGCGAUCUCGGAAAUGUUUCCUCAAGGAUGGUUUCGCCUACGUCAGCACCAAUGACUUCUAUUCAAUUGUGGCAGCAAAGCAUCAGGAAAACAUUGAAAAAGGACUGCAGAGAACGUUGCGAAUGUUACCGGAAAUCGAAGAUGAUGAACGUUUAUCGGGCUUCCUGAAGGGCAUCAAUUCGUCGUACACCGGUAAAGACUACACUCUGUCCGACACUGCUUAUGUUCCCAUUGAAUCGCUAGACCAAUUGUCCAAAAAAUCAUUUCCAUUGUGUGCUCGGAUGUGCCACGAAAAUCUGCGUGCCAAACAUCACAUGAAACAUGACGGGCGACAGCAGUACGGAUUGUUUUUGAAAGGCAUCGGUGUCACAUUGGAGGACUCACUUCGGUUUUGGCGUGAGGAAUUCAGCAAAAUUAUGGAAGCGGACAAAUUCGACAAAUCUUACGUUUAUAACAUCAAACACAAUUACGGCAAGGCCGGUUCCAUGACCAAUUACACACCGUACUCUUGUUUGAAAGUUAUCGCCUUGCCGAAUCCAAAUCCACAACAGUGUCACGGUUGCCCAUUCAAAAUCUACGAAACGCAAACAUUAAAAACGACUUUAUCGGGAUAUGGUAUUGGAGCGGCACACGUUCAAGAAGUGCUAAAUUAUUCCAGCAAAGGACAUUUUCAGUUGGCAUGCGCUCGAUACUUUGAAGUAACACACGACACACACUUGGAGGAGGGAAUCAAUCAUCCGAAUCGUUACUUCGAAAUGAGUCAAAAAGUGAUGGAAAAGCGGGCCCCGAAUUCGGCAACACCAACAGCAGCCAAAAAGGUGGAAAAGGUUCAACGGAAACCGAACACAGACUUGGUCUUGCAAAAGAAGAAAAUGCUGGCUGAUUCGAUGUAUGAUGAAGAGUUGUGGAAUGCUACGCAAGAGGCCGAAAAACGUGAAAACGAAGAAAUUGUGAGGAAAGAAUGGGAAGACGACUUGGACAUGAGUGAGUUGAAUUAUUGAACUUUUUACAAUAAAUGAAAAAAUUACACAAAUUCGUCCUUUGACACAA